CCCGCCCACAGCAGCGCUUCUGGUGUCAGGUAGAGGAACACGGUGCGGGUUUUACCACCUGAAAACCACCGCAUCUGGACUAACUGUCGGGACAGCGGAGUGUGGGGGGGCUGAUCUGGAGCCUGGCCCGGUUUGCAGCGUGUCGGUGACGAGUGCGGACCGCUAGGAAAGAAACCAGGAGGGAAAGUUUGCUUCAGCUUCGGUUCACGUCUCUGCAGCACCGUUGUCAGUCAUGUUCAGGUAGAGACGGGCUCCACGGCGCCCACCAUGCGGAGGCAUCUGGACAAGAUCCGGUUCCGGGGCCAGAGACGGGACGAGCUGGAUCUGGCCGAGUCGCCCUACACGUCUGACACAGAAUGCACUGAGGAGGUCGUGAUUAAACCUCGCGUCUCUGUCAGAGAGGCGGAGGAGCCGAGGGAGGCGGAGGGCGAUCAGCAGAGUUACGCUCAGGCCAGUUCAGGAUCAUUUUCUGCAGCUCUCCAAGACGAACCCAGGACAGAUCUCAACGAGGUCAAAGGUCAUCUAGAAAUUGCCUUGUUAGAGAAACACUUCUUACAGGAGGAGCUGAGGAAACUUAAAGAGGAGUCCAACGUGGAUUCACUGAAGCAGGAGCUGGAGAGGGAGCGCAGUAGAUGCAACGAGCUGGAGCAGAAGAUCAACGAGAUCUUGAGAGCCAGCCUUGAAGACUCACCUUCUCAGACACCUAAAGCCACGCCCCCUCCCCCGCCACCUCCACCUCCUCCACCUGCACAUGCAGGCAGCGGUACAGACAAACAGAAGGACUCUCCUUCCAACAGCUUUUUGAAAUGGCUUUAUGAGCGUUUUGCCGUUUAUAUGGAGGACUUCCGCUUCCAACCGGAGGAGCAGACGGUGGAGACGGAGGAACCGCUGAGUGCCAAGAGGUUGACUGAAAACAUGAGACGGCUCAAACGAGGUUUCAAACCUUUGACCAACUUCAAGAGGAACCUUUCUGCCUUAUCCAGCUGGUACUCAGUCUACACGUCAGCCAUCGCCUUUAUUGUCUACAUGUAUGCAGCAUGGCGUGGCUGGGUCAUCCCCAUGUUCCUGUUCCUCGCCAUCCUCCGCCUCUCCUUGAAUUAUCUCAUCGCCAGAGGCUGGAGGAUCCAGUGGAGCAUCGUACCUGAAGUCUCAGAGCCUGUGGAUCCUCCUAAAGAAGACCUGACGGUAUCGGAGAAGUUCCAGCUGGUUCUGGACGUCGCUCAGAAAGCUCAGAAUCUGUUUGGGAGGAUGGCCAACAUCCUGGAGAAAAUAAAGAAUCUUUUCAUGUGGGUUCAGCCAGAGUUGACUCAGAAGCUGUACGUUGGUCUGUUGGUGGCCUUCAUCUCCUCCUGCCUGCUGCCGUACAAACUGCUGGGAUUCAUGAUAGGUGUGUACGCAGGUAUAAAGUUCUUCAUCAUCGACUUCAUCUAUAAGAGUUGUCCCAAGCUGAGGCAGCGCUACGACACACCCUACAUCGUCUGGACCAAUUUACCCACCGACCUGCAGCUGAAGGAGCGCAACAACGCCACGCUGAGCAGACGGGUUCCUGCUGCGGGGAGUCGAGUCAGCUCCAGCGCUGCAGCUCCUCUGAGUGUCGGCCGGGACGAGGACGGAGGACGAUACUACAGCACCAAGAGAGGAGCUUUUCACGAAGUCUUUAACUUGCCGGAGAGUGAGCGUCCUCUGGCAGUGUGUGAGAACGGCUGGCGCUGCUGCCUCAUCAACAGAGACAGGAAGACCCCGACAGACUACAUCCGCAAUGGAGUCCUCUACGUCACUGAGAAUCAUCUGUGUUUCGAGAGCUCCAGCUCCAGGUCUGGAUCCUCCAAGAGGAACAAAGUCAUUAAACUCAAGGACAUCACAAUCAUCCAGAAGUACAAAGUGCUGUCAGUGCUUCCUGGUUCUGGGAUGGGUAUCUCUAUAGCAACGCCAUCCACCCUGAAGCCGAUGGUGUUUGGUGCGAUGAUCCACAGAGACGAGGCCUUUGACGCCAUCAACGCUCAGUACCAGAAGAUCAACUCCACGGCUGCAGCCACCAGCCCAGAGCCAUAGGCUAUGUGCAAAAUUCACUCCAUACUUACUAUAGUGCACUAUAUUUACUGUCCGCCAUUUUAUUUGGGUGCCUGAAUUCCUGAGUAUGUAAAUGUAUCCACUAUAUAGUACCCUCAAAGUACAAUCCAUGGCAUUUACUCUUUAUUACUUUAUUCGUCAGUCACAUUUUUAAGCCGCUGCUGACUUCAGUUGGAGCUGCUGGUCUGCUUUUAAGGGUUACCUGUUCAGUCAUCCAAAUAAAUCGAAUCAGAAUCAGCCAAACUAACUACCAAUCAUUGUUCUUCAACAGUUUUUUACAGAAAGUUGCCACAAAACAGAUCCCUUUUCAUCACUCUUGAGUGUUUUUAAUAUACAUUCUUAAGUUAAUGGCUGGAUUUUAAAUAAUGGAUCUAAUAAUCACAGAAAGACCAGGUCAAAUCAUUGAGGAGGGUAAGGUUACCUGUACUCUAAUGUCUCACUUAUUUACUCAUUUAUUUACAUCAACUUGAAUUCAGUAUAACUGCAUUGAGUACAACAACAGUCGUGUCAUUCUCACCACUCUGCUGAAAACGCUUUCAGUUGCUUCUACUUUUAUUUUGUUUUAAUUUGAUCCCUGUGAAGCUCAAGACUUCCUGCACAGAUGCUUCACAUUAAAAGUCUUCCAAGGGCACAAUCCCUUCCUUAUACUUGUUAGGAUUUUAAUGUGAAACAUCUGCGGGGAAACAGUUUUCUUAAAACUACAGCUGUUUUUGUUCUCAGAGUAAAUCAGUGUUUUAAGAUGUAAGAAGAAGCGGUACUUUCGAAUUUGGUCCCCAACACAGCUUCCCCUGCAGCUCAUCAUGCAGCUGUGUCAUGUGACUGGCUGCAGGUUGUGUUAUUUUUAGUUUACUACCAUAGAUGUAUAUUACACUGGUACAUAUUGCGCUGGAAAGUUUACUAAACAGUGUGUUAGUGCUGAAAUGAAGCAGAAAAUCAUUUAAUUCACCUAUAAAUCAAAAACUUUAAACAUUCCUUGCAAUCUGGGGAUUUGCUGCUUUUCUCUGUUUCACAUAAACUGAAUAUCUUUACUACAUAUUACAUAUCUUUUUGACUGAAGUCACCUUGGACACGUUUCACUGUUUUCUGACAAUUGACAGUGAUUGAUAUCUGUUAAUAAAGAUACAAAAUUAUUUUUAAAAACUGAAGAAAGAACACAGGAGACACUUUUAUCAAACAAAAAUAUGACAUUUUCCUUGGUAAAUUUAAAGGACUUGAACAAUUCUGACUUUGACAACUACUAGUGGUAGUGACAAAAUUUACAUUUUGUCAACAAUCACCAAAACUGAACUAUAAAUUGGGGCUGCAACUAACGCUUAUUUCCAAUAUUCAUCUAAUAAUGCUGAUUUGGGAAGCCAAAAUUAUAUAAGACAAAGACGAGCAGAAAAUCCUCUGAAUAAAUUUAAAUCAGUUCUUUUUAACGGCUUUAUUAGCAGAUAAACAAUUUUAAACCACAUUAAUUUACAUAAAUGUCUUCAGGGAAUUGUAAACUUCAUUAUAUGAGUCGGUAUUGUACUUAGCAGCUAAGCCUUACAGUUAAUUUACAGUAUGUGGUUUUUUAUGUGGUGGUAAGAGACUGUUGUAUCCUAUAAAUGUUUUUAAGCAUUGCACAAAAUGAACCUCCGCUGUUUUUGUUUGUUAGUAAUUGUCUUUCACAAUCAAUAAUCUACUUCUCUCAACUUGAAGCUAAUCUGCUAAAGCUAAACUAUUAACACAUUUACCUUUUUAAAAGCAAGUUUAUUUUUAAAACCACAGAUUAGUCAUCUUUUAGGUUUAUAGCCAAUAAGCCAAGAGGCUAAAAGUUUUUUCCCGGAUACGGCUUUAGCUUUAGCAAUCUGAUCUAAAUGAGGCACUUGGAUUUAAAACUUUUAAUUUUAAACCAAGAUUAGUCGUUAUACUUUAAGUUUUACUUUGGGCAUCCGAACAUCCAUAAACAUGUAUGUUGAUUCUUUUUCCGGUCACCAUCGGCCUGUUACUGUGGUUUUUAUACUGCAUCAAAUUAACUUAAUUUUAAUGGAAACGGUGGAAAUAAUUAUUUUUUUUUUUUACUAACCUGCACAUGCAACAUCGCCACAUAAAGGAAACCAGUUUCUUUUUUUGGACUCAGAGGUUUUGAUGGAUCUUUUCUCUUUCUACAGACCUCACAGUUUUAGCUGUUUAAAUUUUUUUGCAAUAUUUAUGACAGUUGUUAACGCCAUGUUGCCUCAUUUAGACUUUUUUGUUUCACGUGUGUCCGGCCUGUCUUUGCUCCUAAUCUUCUUCUUAAUUGUUUGUGGUUUCUUGGGUUUCGUUUCUGUCCUGUCUACGUUAACUCUGUAAACGUUUCUCUAUCGACCUGUUGAAUCUUUUCGAAUUUAAUGUUUUUUAUAAAAUUGGGUCAUUGUACAAAUGGGUGUAAUUUUUUAAAUGAAAUGAUUUCUGUUGUUAAAAUGUGAUUAUCUUUUUUUUUUUUUUAUUAUUUAAGUAAAAUCAAAUGUCAAACAGU